AGUACAUCAAGGAUGGCUAGCCUUCAUAGAUUGUAUGCCUUUGGCGGCUUUCUCUUAUUUUCUUGUAUUUUCUAUUCGUUAUCUACAUCCGUCCUCGCAUUGACCGACGACGAGGUAGCUUUCAUCGUUCACCGUCAGCUUAAUAGCCUUCCCCCGAACGAUGAGCUACCGGACGAAGUCGAGUACGAGGUUAAAGUAACGGAGACUUUUGCAAACCAUAGGCUUAAGAGAGCUUUCAUUGGCCUUCAAGCCUUGAAAAAUGCUAUAUACUCGGAUCCUCUAAAUAAAACCGGCAACUGGGUUGGACCCGACGUGUGCGCUUACAACGGCGUAUUUUGCGCACAAGCGUUGGAUGACAAGAACUUGACGACCGUAGCGGGGGUCGAUCUCAACCAUGCCGAUAUCGCCGGGCACCUCCCGGCCGAACUGGCAAUGUUGGCCGAUGUUGCGUUGAUCCAUCUAAAUAGCAAUAGGUUUUGUGGGAUUGUGCCCAAGACAUUGUCUAAGAUGACAAUUAUGUACGAGUUUGACAUAAGUAACAACUGGUUCGUUGGCCCUUUCCCUGAAGUUGUACUCACAUGGCCCUCGAUAAGGUACAUUGACCUAAGGUUCAAUAACUUUGAAGGACAACUACCACCGGAGCUCUUCGAGAAACCAUUGGACGCCUUGUUUUUGAACAACAAUCGGUUCACGUCGACCAUCCCCGACACGAUUGGCACGUCGACGGUGUCGGUCGUGGUGUUCGCUAAUAACAAAUUCGAAGGUUGCAUUCCGCGUAGCAUCGGUAAUAUGAAGAACUUGAAUCAGAUAUUGUUUUUGAAUAAUAACCUCGGCGGUUGCUUCCCACCGGAAUUAGGGAUGCUAAAGGAAGUGACGGUCUUUGAUGUAAGCUCGAACAAUUUCGUCGGCUCGUUGCCGGAGACAAUUUCCGGCAUGGAGAGCAUAGAAUUCCUGGAUAUUUCCGGUAAUAAGCUUACCGGAACGGUGCCUGAAGCUGUUUGCAAGUUGCCAAAGUUGGAGAAUUUCACAUAUUCUCGCAACUAUUUCCAAGAUGAAGCCGAUGCCUGCCGAGCGGCACCGGGGAAGAACAUCGUAUUCGACGGCGCCGUUAAUUGUUUGGCUGAUCAGCCGCAACAGAAAUCGGCCGAAGAGUGCCAACCGGUUGUGAGUAAUCCGGUGGAUUGCAGUAAAGAUAAGUGCAGCAAAGUGUCUUCACCACCAAAGCCACCGGUAUUUCCGCCACCUCCGCCCGUGCCUGUCGCCUCUCCACCACCACCAGUUUACUCUCCACCUCCUCCAGUCUACUCACCACCUCCGCCUGUCUACUCACCACCACCACCCGUCUACUCUCCACCCCCACCACCUCCAGUUCUCUCACCCCCACCACCAGUCUACUCUCCACCACCACCUCCUCCAGUCCUCUCACCCCCACCACCCGUCUACUCACCACCACCACCCCCGCCAGUUCGCUCCCCACCACCACCCGUCCAUUCUCCUCCACCCCCAGUUCUCUCACCACCACCACUGGUUCACUCACAACCGCCACCCGUCCACUCACCACCUCCACCUAAACCGGACAUUACCCUCCCUCCAAACUUGGGAUUCCAGUAUUCAUCGCCACCUCCGCCAAUGUUUCCGGGAUACUAAAUAAUAUAACUCAUUGCAUCCUUAGUUAUAUUAUACUGCAUAUUCUUCCUUUCGUGUAUAACAAAAAAAAG